UGUGCACUUGUGCUCAAUCAUGCUCAUGACUAUUGACUACACGAGUGAUGAGUCAUGAUUCAUGAACAAUAUUGUUCUGCUUCUAAGUUCUAAGUUUUAAUUUUCAUGUUUUGUGCAAUAGACUAUACGUCAUGAGCUGCAAAAUAUAGAUGAUAAUAAUAAUAAUAAUUUAUUAUCUAUAUGACUUCAUAUUCUGUGGUCUCGAGUUAAUGAUUCAACAUAAAAUUAUCAACUGACAACAGGCAACAGGUAAAAACAACUGACCAGACGUAACAAACUGGCAAUUAGUGACUAACAUAACGGUAUUUAGAUCAAGUGUUCUUAUAAAUUACCUACCAACAAACAAUACUUUAGUUCAUUACUUAAUUUUCAGUAUAAUAUACUGAUAUUGAAUUUGCUCAACUACAAUGGAACAACAUCAUCGAAAAUUGAUUAAUAAGCGUAUGUCAGAAUUAGUAUCUGUUACUUUUGAUUUGAAAGCUAUUGUGGAUAUUCUAUUUGAAAAAGUUGUAAUCAAUAAAUGGAUGAAAGAUUAUAUUUUGGGUAAUGAGGGAGAAUCAUCCAAAACAACAAAGUUGUACGAAGUAAUUCAAGGACGGGGACCUGAUGCAUUUACAAAUAUAUGUGAAGUACUAAAACAAACAAACAACAUAAAAGCUUACGACAUUUUAACUUCCAAAACAUGUGAGGAAGAGGGAGAUCAAUUAAAUUCAUUGGACAAAGAAUUUAACAAAAUCAUAUUAAAUCAUGAUGACUCGUAUGUCAAAGUUCAUCCUGAAUACAAAAUCAUGGACCAAUAUGAAGCAAAAUUGAACGUUAAUGUUGAGGCUUACCCAAUGGCAUCAAAUCCUAAGGGACAUGCAUUGAUUUUAAAUAUUAAUAAUAUAAAAUAUAGAGACGAAAGAAAAGGAUCAGAUGUUGAUAUGGCUAACUUAAUGAAAUUAUUUCAAGGUCUUGGAUAUAUUGUUCACCCUAAAGUAGAUUUAACUGAAAAACAAUUUAAGAAUGUUAUUAAUGAGUUCAUUAAUAUAUGUGAAAAAGAAAAAGCUAACUCUAUUGUUGUUUUUAUAAUGAGUCACGGUGAAGCUGGAAAAGAAUCAACCAGAUCAUCAGAUAUAUUGGCCGCGGAUGGCAAACCAAUAAAUACCGACUGGAUAAUUGAACAAUUUGUGUUCAAUUAUAUUCAACAUGUACCAAAGUUAUUUUUUAUUCAAGCAUGUCGAGGAAAGAAUAGUGAUUUUGGUUGGAAAUACCACGAUGGUGAAAAUAAUCGCUUACACGAUGACAGUACCACUCUGUCCCCAAUUACCACAGUUGAACGACGUUAUAAAGAUGUAUUCAUAGCAUAUGCCACUAUUCCUGGGCAUACUGCUAAACGUGAUCCGAUAAAGGGGUCGUGGUUUGUACAAAACUUGUGUGAAGUAAUUCGUAAACAUGCCUAUAACACUGAAUUGAAUGCAAUGAUGUUAAUGGUGGAUAAAGAAAUAGAAAAUCUGAACAGCAUCCAUCAUGGAUUUCAAACAGUAGAAUGGACAUCUAGAGGUUUCAACAAAUGGUUUUUCUUUAAUCCGGGCGUCUAUCAGGAUAAUUCAAAUCGUGCCAUUGUAAUGACUACUUCAACCAAUCCUCCUACUGAUGUUUAAAGCUGAAUAUCAUUUUUUAAAUUAUAAUUUACUAUUUAGGUUGGUUAAUGUUAAGACUGAACAUUUUUUUUUUAUAUUUUUAUACAUAUUUUCUUUUAAAAAUUUAAAGUACAACUGGAUAUAAGUUUAGUUAAGAGUUUUUACUAAUGUAUUUUUAACCUUAAUAUUUG